AAAGGAAGGCCACGCCUCAAAGUUAAUAUCGCGGCAUCGGGUCCUGCGCUACGCUGGGCGCUCGCUGCUCCCUCCCCUCCUCCUCGCCUCCGCUGCCGUCGCGCGAGAUCAACCCCGCCGCCAUGGCUGGAGAAGCUGAUGGGAAGACCUACCAGGUAUCAAGGAUGCCCCCUGCUGCUCUCAAUGAGCGCAUCCUUUCUUCCAUGUCUCAAAAGCAUGUUGCUGCUCACCCAUGGCACGACCUGGAGAUAGGUCCAGGAGCUCCUGCAGUUUUCAACUGUGUUGUUGAGAUUCCUAGAGGCAGCAAAGUCAAGUAUGAGUUGGACAAAGCAACUGGUCUUAUCAAGGUUGAUCGUGUUCUUUACUCCUCAGUUGUGUACCCACACAACUAUGGCUUCAUUCCACGCACACUCUGUGAGGACAAUGACCCGAUGGACGUCCUUGUCCUGAUGCAGGAACAAGUUGUCCCUGGUUGCUUCCUGCGUGCCCGUGCUAUUGGGCUUAUGCCUAUGAUUGACCAGGGUGAGAAAGAUGACAAGAUCAUAGCUGUCUGUGCUGAUGAUCCUGAGUACCGUCACUUCAGAGACAUCAGUGAACUUCCCCCGCAUCGCCUACAGGAGAUCCGUCGCUUCUUUGAAGACUACAAGAAGAAUGAAAAUAAGGAGGUUGCAGUGAAUGAUUUCCUCCCAGCAGAAGAUGCCAUCAACGCAAUCAAGUACUCAAUGGACCUCUACGGUUCGUACAUCAUGGAGGGCUUAAGGAAGUGAUCUCCAGCUGGUGGACUGCAGAUGCUACGCGAUCCGCCCUACGGCUUAUCAAUAGUACGACAGACAUUUAUGUUAACAUGAUGAUCGAAAACCAUCAGUCUGUCGGGGAUAUAUAUAUGCACCUUCUGUCCAUGCUGAGGCAAGCAUGGGUACAUUUUCCUUCCGUAUAUGCCAUGUCAGGUCCAAGUAUUUGACCUCGUGCUGGAACCUUUUUUGUCAAACCGUCUCUUAACAGAGCGUCUGCUUAAUAGGAAAUCAGCGUUACAUCAA